AUGUCAAAGCUAUUAAAUGCGCCCUGGGCUAGUAUCCAACACACGGCCACCUCCGCAUCUCCUUCAACCCGCCAGCUGCACCAGCGGACGCUUGGGGGAAACGAAUCAAGUGGAACUGGCCGGAUUCCGCUACCUGAGUGCCUGGACACAGUCCCCCUUGAGGCUUUGAACUCGAACGUGAUGCAGCGACCUGUAAAACUUGGGUUGUCGCGGACUUUUCUAGGAGGUAGGCUCAUUUUAUUGACCUCCAUGCAUAUUGAGAUACUUACUUUUGUCAUUAAAGAUUCGCUCUGGAGUUUCGCGACUGUAUCCCACCGUCCCAUUGUGUCUCAUUCCGCUCGAUCGUAUUCGACGCUAUCCGCCACCCUGAGCCGGUCUCGACAGGCUCCGAGAGCCAACGGCCUUUCGAAGCUACAACAGCAGCGGUUUAUGUUCGGAGGCCCAUCUCACGGCCUGUUAGCGCACCAGGAAAAGUUCGCGAACAACAACCCACGCAGUGCCCACGCACAGAAUGCAUUCUAUCAGACUCUGCUCCGUGCGAACAUGCCAGCUAUUAUUGUCGAACGAUAUCGCAGCGGUCAAUUUGCGAGUAAUGCGCUGUCUGAAGCUAUUUAUCUGAAAGCGUUGCAGCGUGUCGGUGGCGCCGAUUCCGCAACGGCAGCACCCGUCCAAGGUCAGAACCAGCAUCUCACCCCCGACCAGCUGCAGGCCGUUGGUCAAGCCGUCGCCGCUCGGAAUCACGGUAGUCAGAUCGGACUGGCGACGAAGCAAUCCGGUACUGGUGCUAAGGAUAAUCCUCUGCAUGUGGUUGUCGAAGAGUCGCUGGGCAGCUCUGUCUUUCGAUGGGUCAAAUUUCUGCUCGUUUUCGGCUUCUUCACUUACAUCUCUCUUGUCGUGAUCACCAUUCUUGUCGAAACAACCGGUGUCUUGAAGAAUAUCAAGGGUCCACAGAGCAAUGAGGCUCAACCCCAACAGCAAACGGUUCGGUUCUCCGAUGUACAUGGUUGCGACGAGGCCAAGGAAGAGCUCCAGGAACUUGUCGAAUUCCUGCUGAAUCCGGAGCGAUUCUCUUCCCUCGGUGGCAAAUUACCAAAGGGUGUGCUUCUUGUGGGACCUCCUGGUACAGGAAAGACCUUGCUUGCCCGUGCUGUCGCUGGAGAAGCUGGUGUUCCAUUCUUCUACAUGUCUGGUUCCGAAUUCGAUGAGGUGUAUGUGGGUGUCGGCGCCAAGCGUGUUCGUGAACUUUUUGCACAAGCCCGGAGCAAGUCGCCCGCCAUCAUCUUCAUUGACGAAUUAGACGCCAUUGGUGCCAAGCGGAAUGAGAGAGAUGCAGCUUAUGUGAAGCAGACUCUGAACCAGCUGCUUACGGAGCUUGACGGAUUCUCGCAGACCAGUGGAGUCAUCAUCAUCGCCGCAACCAAUUUCCCUCAGCUGCUUGACAAGGCUUUGACACGACCUGGCAGAUUCGAUCGCAAGGUGGUCGUCGACCUUCCGGAUGUCCGGGGUCGGAUGGACAUAUUGAAGCAUCACCUGAAGAACAUUAAGAUCAGUACAGAUGUCGACGUUGCAGUGCUUGCACGCGGCACUCCUGGCUUUUCUGGUGCCGAUCUGGAGAAUCUGGUCAACCAGGCCGCCAUUUACGCUAGCAGAAACAAGAAGCCUAAGGUUGGACCCAAGGACCUCGACUGGGCCAAAGACAAGAUCAUGAUGGGCGCAGAGGCUCGCAGCAGGAUUAUUCAAGAUAAGGACAAGCUUUUGACUGCCUACCAUGAGGCAGGUCAUGCGCUCGUUGCUUAUUUCUCUCCUUCGUCUACGCCAUUGUACAAAAUCACCAUCGUUCCCCGCGGAAUGGCGCUGGGAGUGACGCACUUUUUGCCUGAGAUGGACAUGGUUUCCCGGAAUUACACGGAGUAUCUGUCCGAUAUCGACGUCUCCAUGGGCGGAAAAGCAGCGGAGGAGCUGGUUUUCGGUCCUGACAAGGUCACAAGUGGUAUUUCGGCGGAUAUUCAACAAGCCACUGAAACCGCGUUUACACUGAUCACCAGAUUCGGAUACUCCAAGAAACUUGGUAACGUCGACCUCUCGACCAACUAUGAUAGUCUAUCAUCUGAAACCAAACAAGAAAUCGAAUCCGAAGUGCGACGACUGGUCGAGGAAGCGCGGAUGCGUGCCACCAAGAUUCUGACUGAACGGAGACACGAACUGGAACUUCUGACCAAGGCACUGAUCGAGUAUGAGACGCUGACGAAGGAGGAGAUGGAGAAGGUCCUGAGAGGCGAGAAACUAGACAAGAUGGAGUCGGUACCAUCGGCUCCGCUCAAGCUGCCUGAGGCUUUGCAGACCGCAAAAUUGAAUCAUCCAUCCGCCCAGGCCGAGGAACCGUCGGCCGCAGCCGAAUGA